AUGGAGCAACCGCCAAUCCCAAAUGCUAGCCCUCAAGCCCCACCCAAGGAUUCCAAGAAGAAGCCACCAACCCCUCAAGAACUCAUUUCCCACUACCAAUCUCAAGGCCUAGACUUUCAAGAAGCGUCUGUCAAGGUCGUUGAAGAUCUCCAGAAUGUGCUCUUUAGGGUUAUCUCCUCUAAAAAUAAGAACAGGAAGGACAAGCUCAUGGCUGAUGCAUCAAGAAAGGUUGAUUUGGUCAACAACAGAGUUGCUGUUCUUGAUAUGAAGUUGGAUUCGAAGCCUGGGUAUGUUGAGACGUUCGCUAUUGGGGUUGCUUCUGGGGCUGCUUUUAGAGGGAUUGAAAGUGUCUGGCCUCAUGUUCUUGGGGGUAUUGCCCAGAUUUGGAAUGCUGUUACUUGUGCAACUAAACCUCCUCCUCCUUGAUUGAACGAGGGAAAUGGAAUUUGGUGCUUUUGAAUUGUUGAAUUUUGGGUGGUUAUAUGUUGUUCAAUGGUAAUCUUGGGGGUUUGAUUGGAGUUAUUAUAGUAGUUUGUGAUAUUCAUAAAGAAUGGUCUGCCUAGAAUGAAAAUUUUUAGCUUUUAAGCAGUGUACACAAUCUUUUCUUUCUUGGGAAUAAUCAAAUUGAAUGUUUGCUAAAA